UUGUGGCGUAACUGAACUGCGGAAUGUUUCCACACAUGCGCAUUUACACGUUGUCUGUGAGCUAGCAGGCUAGCAACUGGUUAUCAAUAUAUUUUGAAAUACGUUAUUGGAGCAGUUUUUAUUUUUUUGUUUGAUAGGGAAAUGGGAAUUCGUUAUAAUCUGUCACUAAGACGAAUCGUGUCUAUGUACGCCAUGGAUGUAUCGUGUCUGAUGUCGACCAGAAUGCUAACUACAGUUUACUAGCCGCUAGUUCGUUCUCAGUUCAUUCAUUGACGUCAUUUCAAGGAAAGCGUCCAUGAUUAUUUUAUGUGGCUAACCAGCUCGCUUACAAAAAUGUAUAUUUUGUUCACGAUUAUUACUUCAUUAGUUUGCUAUUUGAUUUUGAGAUGGAUGAAAAUGAAGAGGUAUUGCACGGACUUGAAAAGACUGGAUGGGAAAACAGUUGUCAUUACUGGUGGCAAUGCUGGCAUCGGCAAAGAGACGGCGGUUGCCUUGGCGAUGCGAGGUGCCCGUGUCAUCAUAGCUUGCCGUGACGUGGACAAGGCUGAGAAGGCGGUGAGGGAGAUCAAGAUCAGGGGUCACAACGUUAACGUCCAUCACAUGGAGUUGGAUUUGGCCAACAUGCGCUCCAUACAAGACUUCUGUAAGACCUUCCUUCAGAGAGAGAAGAGGUUGGACAUCCUCAUAAACAACGCAGCCAUGCCCAGCGUGCUGGACUGGACGGAGGACAACUUCAGCAUGUGUUUCGGUGUGAACCACCUCGGCCACUUCCUGUUGACCAACCUACUGUUGGGCCGCCUGAAGGAUUCGGCCCCCAGCCGCGUGGUCACGCUCACCUGCUCCAACUACAAGUACCAGAAGUUAGACUUCCAGGACCUCAACUAUAACCUGCUGCCCUUCUUCACCUACUGCCGUAGCAAGCUGGCCAACAUCUACUUCAGCCAGGAGCUGGGUAGAAUGAUGGAGGGCAAAGGAGUGACGACAUACGCUGUGCACCCUGGCUAUGUUCAGAGCAGUUGGACAGGUCACUACUCCAUCCUGUUCCGUAUGCUGGUGCAGGUGAUCAUGUUCAUGUUUUUCGUGCCGUGUGAGAUGGGCGCUCAGACCGUGGUCUACUGCGCCGUGUCGGACGAGGCUGCCAAGCACAGUGGGGGAUACUUCACCGACUGCCGGCCCGCCACGCUGAGACCUUUCGCCAGAGACGCCGGUGUGGCCAAAAAACUGUGGGAGGCCAGCGAGAGGCUGGUCAAACUGGCCUGAGAAAGGAUGAAGGCUUAGUAAGGCUUGUAAGAUGUUUUUAGCCUGGAAUACUCACUGAAUAUCACUCUGUUUUACUAUAGUUGAAAAAAACAACAACCAAUGGUUAAGGGGUAUGAUAUUCAGUUUUGGAUUUUUUUUCCAGGUUUGUUGAAAUUUUAAUGACUCAAAUAACAAAAAUACAUUCCCUCACACUGUUGGCUUGCAAUGUUUCACUGUUAUGAUUAAUUAAAGUUACUGACUGUUAAUGUGUUGAUCAAAGCAUUAAGAAGGUCAGUAGACCAACAUGUUAACGAUCAAAUUAUACUAUGAAGCUUUGCAAGAGAGAAAUGUGUGGGGAAAUUAUUUGGGUCAAACUAGCCUGAAAUUACUUAUUGUUUUUGUUAUUGUUUUUUAUAACCAUUGAAUUGUCUUCAGGGGACCUUAUUGUGAAAUAUGUCUGUGUUUCUUUUUUAUGAAUGGGGAAAGCAUUGUUUAACAUUUUUAUGGUUAGCCUUUUUAUUGCUGUCCUGAAACACUUGAAUGGUGAUGUGAAACAUGGCUGCUUUUUCUUCUGUUGCAAUAAAAUCUGUGGCAAUAAAAUCCUUUCUGAUAUCUUG